AUGCCAAGAAACACAAGAUCUCAAACACUAAAGGGUUCCACCACAAACCCUUCAACUGUAACGAACUCCCGCGCUAAACUUCGAAAGCUGGCCACUGGUUCCAAUGGAAGUCGAGCUCCCCAACGCCGUGUCUCAGCCUCUCGUCAAGCAGAGAACAUAGAGGACGAUGAUGAAAGCCAAGAUGAAUACAAAACGGAAGAUGAUGAAGAUAUCGAAGAUGAAUUACUUGAUCGACUUGCAAGACAAAUCAACUCGGAUGACGAUCACCGUAAAACAAGACUUUCAAAAACUACUGCAACCCAACAAACCGGGGAGACUGCUCAUCUCGAUGAAUCGGAAACACCCUUACCUACCAUUAAGGAAUACAAGAACCUGCUGAACGAGUGGCCACUUGGUCGCAUUGCGGAAGUCAAACGAUCUCAGAAGAAGAAAGGAACCGCUGUUCCUCCGCAUAUCUUGACGGAAGCAAGAGCGAUUCGAAAGAUUUACAAACAUCAGAAGGCGAUGCUGACCAUCAUGGGCAAUAUAAGUAUGUUCACUCUUCAAAAAGCUUUGGGUGAGCUUGGAGGCCGGCGCAAAGGCGGACACUAUCAAAUAUUCUUAAAGUACAGCAAAGCAAGACGUGAUUACCGAAUGCCUGCAGGCAAAGGACAUAAGGGAAUAUUGGCUGCUCGAAACCGUAAGCUAGGGAAGAUCUGGACAGCUAUGCCUCUAGAGCAUCGAGAAGUGUUUGAGCCUUCAGUCUUUUACACUUUGUCGGGCCUGGUUCACAAUUCGGGGGAUGAUGACGAUGAAAGUGAUGUAGAGAAACUUCAGCUUCAGCCAGAAGUACUUGCUAAAUUACAAGGAUUCUACGAUGAUUUGGUUUGUAAAGACAAGGUAGCCAAGGAAUAUGCGAAACUUGCAUCUGGGCAAGGUGGUCCUUCUCUUCCCGAUUUCAACCGCAAAUCUCUCAAAUGCAUAGAGCGGAUCCACAGCGAUAUUGAAAACGAAUCCAAUAACAUGGAGUUCUCAUACUACCUCUUGGCUUGUAGCACCCAUGCUUCAACUGAGGCUUCCUGCGGAUCGCCUGGAUGGGCUAGGGAGUUCACGUCUCACGAUGCAAUGGCUGUAUAUGUCAAUAAGAAGAGCAACUUCGGCAAGGUAUUUGCCGCACACGCCCAAGGCCUUUCGGUGGCCGAGGCAGUUGCUCAAAUAGUUGGACCCAAUGUUAUGUCAAAUGGUGGAAAGGUUCGAAAAACCGAUCCUGGUGAUAUAGUCAAAGCUGAUCUGGCACUGUUGCUGCGAGGAAGUUUCAGUUCCUUGACCGGGAAGGAACAAGGUUUCCCCCGUGGACCAGACCCAGUUUCUUUGUUACGGGAAGACCAUGGUAUUAAUAUUAUCCAACUGCCAGGUUCCAAACUUCCUUCUGAGGUCCUGAAACUGGGUUUUAAUGCCAUGAAUAGUCGUAGAAGCCUUUGGCUGGACAAUGUACAAGCAAGUAAGUUCAAGAUGGAAAAAAUCAAAGCAGAUUCAGAACCUCUUGAAGAGACUGCGGAUGAAAGUGUUUCAGCAACAGAAGAUCAAGUGAUGAUGACACAGGAUAUUCAGGAUUAUCAGGAAAAUGACAACUUCGACAUGGAUGUGGAUGAAGACUUAGACAAAUCAGAGGAAGAGUGGAAUGGUUUUGGAGAUAUUGAUCAGGAUGUUGAUGAGGACGAAUGA